AUCAGUAGUACCAGACAAGGGUGCUACACCACAAUGAUGGGAAGACUGGCUGCUUUGAUUCUUCUUAGCAUAACGUACCUGAUUCACACUGCAGAGGUUCCUCAGCAAAUCUCUUUGACUGUGGUUGAACUUGGUGGGACUUUUACUUUUCAAUGUCCAGCCUCUGAGAAUCAAAGCAAAUUUCACUGGUACAAGCAGUCUGUUGGAUAUAUGGUCCAAACAGUCGCUGCUGUUAUACUUGGCAAAAUAACAUUCAGCGAACCAUUUAUAGACUCACGUUUCACAUUAACCAAAGUGGACGCUUACUUUUUUCUUACAAUUAGAAAUGUCACCAAAGAGGAUGAAGCAACAUACUUCUGUCAAAGUGGAGCAACGUACUCACAGAGUUUUGUUAACGGCAUCUUCUUGGCUGUGAAUGAUUGUAAUCAGCAGAAAUCUGUGAAUGUGAAGCAACGUCCAGAGACAGCAUCAGUCCAGCCGGGACACUCAGUGACUCUCCAGUGUUCACUUCUCCACAGGAACAAAGGAGUCCAGUGUCCAGGUGAACACAGUGUGUACUGGUUCAGAGCUGGAUCAGGACAAUCUCAUCCAGACGUCAUUUACACUCACAGGAACAGCAGUGAUGAACAAGAGGAAAGAAGCUGUGUCUACAGUCUGUCCAAAACCAUAAGAAACUCCUCUGAUACUGGAACUUACUACUGUGCUGUGGUCUCAUGUGGAGAGAUCCUGUUUGGUGAAGGAACUAAAGUGGAAACAAGAAAUGUUUGUGAUUCAGGAUCAGAACUGGAACCAGUUGUCCUUGCUCUUGGAGUACUGUUGGCCUGCUGUGUGACUGUAAUUGCUCUUCUUAUUUUCUACAUAAAUCAAAGGAAGGCUUGUGAACAUUGCAAAGCAGCAAUGAGUGCUUCCCAUCAUCUUGGACAUGCCCAGUCCACAGUGGAUCAGUCAAAUGAUCUGGAUGGCAAAGCAUGGGCAGUGAACUCUGCAGUACUGGAUUUCACCACAAGAAAGGUGAAAAAACAAAAGAAGGGGGACUACACAACAGAGUGUGUCUACUCAGCAACACCCCACUACAUAGGCAGAGCACAGCCAAGUUCAUCCUCAGAUGAGUUAAUGGGAGAUGUCUAGCUUUUGAGUUGCUUUGUUAAUAAAUAGUCACAGCAGAUUUACUGCCAUUACAGAUUCAUGCAUAAUGUGUAAAUAAAAUUACUUUCAAAUAUCCUCUGAUCGGACUUCACCUGCUCUGAUUCUGCUUCCAAUACAAGAUAAAGGCUGAUACUGCAUUAUUUUCUCUCUCUCCCUUUCUGAUAUCUGGUCCCCUUAAUAUAUCAAUGUCGAAUGCAUCGAAUAGGUGCACCCUGACUAAAUUCUAGGUCUUAUAUUUAAACCACAUUUUACUAACCAUCAACAUGUAAGUCCACCUUCAGCGGCAUGAAUUAAAGGGUACUGCCAGAUGUGAACCAGGGAUGCAAUGUAAAUUAUAAGCAUUCACAUUUGCAUGAUGUACUGUAAACACAGGACUAUGAAUCUAUUGUAAUGGAAAAUUAUUAGAUUGCCUCAUAACGAGUGCCUUGUAUGACAUGUGCCUUUCACAAUCUAUUCUUUUCAUCCUUAUAUGCUUAUGCAACAUGUUUCAACAUAUAACCCAGUGAGUUACACUGUUUCCUACUAUCAGGUAACCUAUGAGUUACAACUGUCUUCUUCUAUAGUUCUUUAGGUUGAUAUGUACUCUAGCAGUGAGUCCAGGAAAUGUACAAUACAUGUGUAGAAAAUAAAAGCUUCCGAUUUAUCUAUCCUGCACCUGGUGGUACUCCCCUAGAGCAGAGCUAAUUGGAGGCCCACAGGAACUAACUGAUAAGAGAUAGAGACACUUUGUAUGAGUUGUG